UGAACCUUUUAAUUGUAGUUUCUUUCUGGAGUGUUAUCAGUUUAUUAGAGCAGUGUAGCGUUUAACGUGAAUUUAUUUUGGUAUUUCAAUUGGCUCCGUAGGCUCCGUAUGAAAAUGGAUCGUGAACUUGAGAUAAUCAUUCCAAGAUCGAAGAUAUACAGGAACGAAACGACGUCGUCGCCCCCGUAUUGAAGGUAAGCAACGAUUAACAAAUGUGAGAACAAUUAAGUCGAAUAAUAACGUUUCGUCAAUAUUCAAUCAAUUGUAAAGUUAAGUAUUUUUUCCUGUCUCUUGAAUUUGCGCACAUUGUGUUUUGGUAAGAUGAUUCGUAUACUUCACAAGUGUUAAUAGAAGAAUGAUUUCUUCUGAUGAAUUAUCGGUAACUUGUUGUAUAUCGAAAGCGGCAUCGUAUAAUAAAAAUGAUACCGCCAGCGCUGAUAGUUUCAUUAGCAAAUUCGGCACGUGUAUUAUGUCUUCUUUCACUGCUGGAGAUUUCCUUUAUCAGCCAUUCUUUUUAAAGAAAAUAUGCAUCAAGAACGUUAGAAAGAUGAAACAAGGAUCAACGGAACAGAUAUCUUCCUCUUACCUAUGCCGUUCAGUUGGAAGGAUUCAAGCAGCGAGCAAAGAUCCAUUGGUGGAGUUUUGGGCAGCAAGGAAUUCCCCUGUUCGGACACAGUCCCCGAUAACAAGCCCUGUGCCAGUCUGCGCAGCUUAAAAUGUUGGUAGUAGCAGAUGAUUUCAGAGAUAUAUUUAUCAAUGUGCGAACAUCAUUGCACGUCAUAAAACCUCAUCGCCUGUUCUUUUAUCAUCAAAACUUGUCACAUUCAGUUUGCAUUGUUCACCUCCUUCCCAAGCAAAGUACGUCAAGUACCAUCAAGUACUUUUUCCAACAUUUUCUUUACCGAUUCAUAUUCAUAAAGCCAUGCGAUCGUCUCUUGGAGCUUCCAAUAAAUCGUUGGACCUGAUUUCUACUACGAAAACUCAGGGUCCUUCCGCUUUUUGCUCCCAUCUCCCUUUUUCUAACUAUUUCCCUAACUCCGCCUUUGCUUCUGUUCUACCCUGCGUGCAGCUGGAGCUGACUUAUUUCACAUUGUGACGCAUUCCCUAGAGCAAAGGGAAUUUGUAGAAUAAUCUCACUGAUAUAAACAAUCCCUGACUAACUCCCUUGGUUGGUGAGAUGCCAACACUCGUGCAUGAUCGCCAAAGGUGCUUCUCCGGCAUCACCUCAGCUCUGGGCUCCGAUGCAACGAUAUCAAUUUCCUGCGGAAAGUCUAAUCUUUUGAUUUAUUUUUUUCAGCGACAGUCAUGAACCCCGUUUGAGAAAAAUUCAAAUGUGAAAAAAAUAGCAAAUUUAUGAAACAAGCAUCUCGUAAAGCCAGUUCGAGUCGAUACUCAAUGUGUUCACUGAAGCGGAAUAUUUUUUCGUAUUUUUUGAUUCUUGACUUGUGUGGGAGUCGUCGGUAGCUCAGUUAGUUUAGAUGUGACCACCUGUGUGUGUUUACCAUUAAAUACAUUUUCCUACACGUGUACGCGUUGAGCCAGUAGUAUCUUCAUUGCGUUAAUUUAUUUUGCGAGAUAACUGAUGAAUUAUUUCAGGCAUCGUCCUCGCCCCGAUGAUGUGUUCUGAUGUUUACGAAUUCCCAUUGUUUUGAGUAUCAUAGUUUGCCCAUCGCAAACAAACUUGAAAAAAAUAAUUUUAUUCUAAGGCAUCGCAGAAAAGUGCUCGGUAUAAAUACCUCAUAAAGUCCCCUGAAGACGGCAUAAUAUUUUAGUUCUCGCGUAGCUAAGACACCGCUCACUGGAGAAAGUAAGAUUUUCUUAAAUUCUGCGAAAUUAGAGCUUCGGGUGAUUUGAAAAAGGCACAGUUGGAAAGAUUGAGAAUAAACGGGGAAAAUGUGGAAUCGUGGCCUGUUGCUCGCCGCAUUGGCGAUAAUAAUUACCGUCGGAGGUGCGAAUGCACAAAAGCCGCGAAUAGGUGAAUCGAUUAAUUUAUUGAAGCGUUAUGGACAUUUUUUUGAAAACUUGAGCAUCAGAUUCAUGCUCAAGAACGUCACAGAUGCGCGGAUUUAUCGUGAAUCGGGCUCUACGAUUUUUAAACCCCCCCCAUCGACAAUUAAUGUGAUACGGUUCGGUGGAUCAUCCGUUAUGGUCUCUGCUAAUAUUCAAGUCGCAUUUUGUACCAAGGCUGAACAAUUGAUGCAGGAGGUUUUUAACGGCUUCGUGUUCGAGGGCAUAAAGGAACCUUGGCGCGCUUUUCAACUAGAUUGGUCGAAAUCCACGAUCGCCAGGAUAUUCGGUAUAAAUGAAUUCUUCGUCCAAGAUGAUUAUCGCUACAUUUUGCUUAAGAUAAUCCGUUCAAGCGACAAUCAAUUAGCGUUCGAACCUAGUGCAGUCGAACUGGACGCCGAUGCGGCCACCGGAACUGAACGUGUCUUCAUAAAUGAUACAGCCAGUACUUUCGAAUUUAUUAAGAGAUUUGGCACGCAUUAUAUCUCUUCUUACUCUACUGGUGAUGCCCUCUAUCAAGUCUUCGUUUACCGUGCUCCGGAAUUUGAAAUGGUGAAAAAAGUAAUUGAAAAAAAAAGUAUAUACGACUUAGAUACAAUCGAAAAAAAUUGGUAUUUUUCCUCUCCUGUCGUCUCGCACGUUGGGAGAAUACAAUCGGCGAGUGGAGAUGCAUCCUUUGAGAAGUGGGUAACGGAGAGACUAAAGACAUCAUCCUGGAGCAUCGCGACUACGGAGCCGCACUCGAGUCUCCUGAACAUUAUUAGAAAUGAUAAAUUAUUGAUACGAUUUUAUAGAAAGUUCGAUGAUCGGGCUCUUCUCCGAAUGGAACUGAAAUACUUGUCAGCCGCCUUCCGAAAUUCUACUCUUCGAGAAUGGUUUAACUUUUACAUUUCUUCAUUGAUCAAAUAUGUAAUCACCUAUCUCUCGAAAUAAAAAUGACCAUCGACACAUUCGUAUUCGGAGUUUUGUACAGGAGUUUGUCCAGUUUACUUGAUUUUCUUUAAUCUCUCCGCACUGCCCUUGCACGGGCGAAACUUGUUUAUUAUAUAUGCGUUUGACCGCGAACAUGCAGUUGAUUUUCCCAAAUAAUUCAUGCGGAAUGUUUGCCAGAACGGCGAACAAAUUAUGCUCGACCAUUGUGAGAAUAUAAAUAUUAUCGCUGGACGUGGUUUUUAGCAAUUAUUCGACAUGAUCGUAUGUAUGAUUAUGAAAUAAGUGAUAAGAUGCAAAAAUAAACGUUUUCAACGAA